AUGUUCUCCAACGCAGAAGCUCGCAAGUCCGUCGACAGCCUACCACCUCUAUCACCCACCGCCCGAUCCGAAUUCCCAUUUCAUCGACAAGGCUCCGUUGCUUCGCAUGCCACAGCACGACGAGGCUCGACUGCGAGCUCCAUACACUCUAUUCGCUCUAUUGGGGGUCAUCUCGAUACAUCAAGUAGUUGGUCGCAAACUGUUCACGAAACGGGACAAAAUGCUAUCUCUACCUUACUUCAACCACCGAUAGUCCGGACGGGUCUACUACCACAUACAUCCGCUCCCGCUUCUAGUGCUCAUAAACCGCCCACCGCGCGAGAUAUACCACCUGUUACGUUAACCAACAUACCUCACGUCGAUCCUUCCGAGUUCAAACCUUACCUGACACAGGUUGGAGCUCUUUAUGAACAGCUGAGGCGUGUAAAAGAGAGCGACGAUGACGGAAGUGAGCAUGUAUUUGGACGUGGUAGGGCCGAAGAGUUUGCAAGUGCUGUAGACGAUGGGCGUCUAAAACCGGGCAGUCGUCCUUCCAGCUCUCGAAAAGUGUCAGGAUCUUCGAUUAGGUCGAUAUCACCGAUUGAAUCACCUACGGUACGCCCGAUGCGUAGAAGAUCUAGUUCUAGCUUUAGCCGGAAAAUAGCGAGCCAGGGUCCGCCACCCUUAUCUACCAUUCCGAACGUCUACUUCGAUGAUGAUUUUCAUCUAGAGAAUCCUCGCACAUUUGAUGUUGUUAGCGAACGAUCCGAGGUCGUACGGCCACCUCCUGGUUCUAUAGGAGAGAAAAAUGCUUCUAAUGGGGAUGUACCGGCUCCCCGUAAAACCCUCGCUACGAAUGCGAUAUUACAGGAAAAAUUAUCAUGGUAUAUGGAUACUAUCGAAAUGCACCUCAUCUCGUCUAUAUCAACGGCUUCUACAACAUUCUUUACAGCUUUAGGGUCGUUAAGAGAAUUACACUCCGAGGCAGCUGAAUCGGUAGAAAGGAUAAAGACGCUACGGCAAGAGCUCGAGACCCUCGACCAAGAGAUUGCCACCAAUGGAUUGGAAAUCGUCCAAAAGCAACGACGACGCGAGAAUCUACAGCAGCUAAAUGACGCCGUAAAACAGUUGAAGGAGAUUGUUCAAUCAGUCGCGGCAUGUGAAGCUUUGGUAGACUCAGGGGAGGUCGAAAAAGCAUUGGAGAGUAUCGAUUCUCUUGAGAAAUUAAUUGCUGGCGAGCGGAUACCACGCUACGGAAAGAUUGAAAAUCAUGAUUAUCAGUUGUGUGAUCUCAGAGACGCCGUUGCCCUCCAGGGCGUGAACGGUGACAUUUCUACUCUUCGAUUCCGCAUAGGCAAAGCGCUUGAGACUAAAUUUAUCGAUAUAUUGUUAGGUGAUUUGAAGCACCAUGUUGAUACCGUCUCAUCCCAGGAGGUUUUACUGAGGUGGAGCAGUUCAGCCAUGCGAUCUCGCGGUGUACCCAGCAGAGAAUCGACAGCGCAUCCGGCUUAUUUGGCCGCAACUGGAGGUCUCCGCGCCCAACUAAUGCCAAUUCUAGAUGGAUUGCACCGCUCCAAGCAUGUUACAAUUGCCAUAGCGUCCUAUCGAGAGGUCGUCCUACGGGAAAUCCGACAGCUCAUAAAACGGCCACUUCCGACUUCUAACGACGAUGACAAUGAAUCUGUAAUGUCUGCAUCUACAAUGAGCUCAAAGCGCCUAACUCAGCAGGAAAAAUCAUCUAUCCUCGCACGGAAUCUUCGAGCGCUUGACGAACAAGAUGCUGAGGCUCUCUUCGUCAAGAUGUAUAUUAGCGUCACAGAGACACUGCGGAGGCUGAGCACUCAGGUCAAAGUGCUAUUUGAUGUUGCGAGCUCCAUGGGUCAGCAGCCCAUAGAUUUCGAGGCUGGCCUGAAGUCACCGCCUCCUCUAAAAUCACCUCCUCUUAAUAGCGCAAAUCGCGAUUUGCAGGAGGAUAUCCACUUAACCAUGGACCUAGCAAACCUUUACGGACAGGCGGUUGAUGUCUCCCAGGAAAAGAUCGUAAAAGUGCUUCGCGUCCGAUCUGAACAAAGUUCACAUCUCCCUUUGAUAUGGUUCUUGCGGUACUUUACGCUUAACCUGUACUUUGCAAACGAGUGCGAAGCAAUUUCUGGUCGAAGCGGAACCUCACUAAAAAACAUCGUUAACUCCCAAAUUAAAGAUUUCAUCCAGUCACAUGGCGAUGCAGAGAAGCAAAAAUUGGCCCAAGGCAUGGAAUCUGAUCAGUGGAGCGCUAAAGAUUUCACUGACGAAAACACCAUCUUACUCAAACGUAUACUAGACAGUAGUACGAGGGAUAGUGAUGCCUGGUUAGAAGGAAGCAAGAUCUGGACACCGUUCUCUGAAGCGGAUAGCAAGCAGAGCUCCAACGGGCGACCUCGGGCUGAAUCUAAUGGCGCAACGAAGGAGAGGACAAGAAGUGCCAUAAUAGACGGCGAGACGUUUAUACUACCCAAUUCAGCAAUAUUAUGCAUAGAAGGGAUGUCUCAUUUCUUACAUCUCAUAUCUGGAAUUCCGUCCAUGGCAUCUGACGUAUCCAGCUCUCUAAUCGGGUACUUGCAACUUUUUAAUUCUCGGUGCACACAACUUAUCCUCGGCGCGGGCGCCACUCGUUCAGCAGGCCUGAAAAACAUCACGACGAGACAUCUAGCCCUCGCCUCGCAAGCUCUAGCAUUUAUCUCUACGCUUAUUCCUCACGUCCGCGAAUUCGUUCGCCGGCAUGCGGGUUCAGGUCCCAACGUCAACCAUGGCAACGUUGCUAACCUCAUGGGUGAGUUCGACAAGGUUAAGCGCCUUUUCCAAGAACACCAAAACAGCAUAUAUGACAAGCUAGUCGAGAUCAUGAGCGGCCGCGCCUCGGCUCAUGCAAAGAGUAUGAGGGCGCUCGACUGGGACCAGAAGACCGAAUCAACUGUGAAUCUAUACAUGGAAACGCUGGUUAAGGAGACGGUCACGCUUCAUAGAGUGCUCACAAAACAUCUGCCAGAAGGCACUGUAAGAUUGAUCAUGACGCCCGUCUUUGACAGUUACAAGAGCCAGGUGGGCAAAACGUUACAGGGAUUGGAACCUAAGACCGAGACAGGUAUCAAACGGAUGGAAUCCGAUAUCGAAUACCUCAUCAGCCGACUAAGCAAGAUAGACGGCUUUAGAGACACGGGGGAUAGUCUACUCGGCAUCAUCAAGACGAAGAAGCCAGAGAAACAGCCGGAGCCUCCCGCGUCAGAUGAUAAGCCCGAAUCGCCCAAACCAAAUGACAGCAAAUCAGAAGAAAACAGCGCCAACGGAGAGAAUGCAGGUGAAACUGCAGAAAAGACUACGGAGAGCAAUUAA